CAAAUUCAAAAUCAAAACAAGAUUUGACAAGUUAAGGAUUUGAAAAGAUUAAUGUACAUAUUGUUUUUUAAUAUUUUAAAAAUCGUGUUAUUUACCUAUUCUGAAUUAUAAUUAUUUAUACUUCCAAAUGGUGAGGACAUAAAAGCAGGAUGAGGCGUAGCUUAGCUCCUAGUCAGGUUGGCGCCAGUGAUAGUGUUUUUAAAAGUCCACUGUUGAAUUCAUCAAAACGAAAGAAACGAGUAUGUGUUAAAAUACCGCUCGCGCAAAAAUCUGCUUCACAGACGCUCUCCGCGACCGACCACGAGAAUCUCAUCAAACAGAUAUUGAGUAAGCCUUUCAAAGUACCCAUUCCGAACUAUGUGUCGUCUUACUGUAGUAAAAGUUUAGGGUUAAAAAGAACUCAAGUAAGGAGAGCCUUACACGAUCCCGAUGAACCAAACGCACUGGUGUUGUUUCUACCAAAGAGUAUCCCUGAGCACGAAAAGAUGAAAAUGAACCCAAAUGAAAUAGAAGUAGCUGUUGUUGUUGAUCCCGUUCUAGGCAACAUCUUGCGACCACAUCAGAGAGACGGCGUCAAAUUCAUGUACAACUGCGUCACAGGGAAUCAAAUUGAGAAUGCAUAUGGUUGCAUCAUGGCAGAUGAAAUGGGUUUGGGGAAGACACUACAGUGCAUCACUCUUCUGUGGACCCUUUUAAGACAAGGACCUAACUGCAAGCCGACAAUAAGUAAAGCUAUCAUUGUAUGUCCCAGCAGUUUGGUAAAGAAUUGGUACAAUGAAAUAGGAAAAUGGCUGGGCCAAAGAAUAAAUGCAUUAGCAAUGGAUGGUGGCACAAAAGCUGAAAUAACUUUGAAAUUGCAACAAUUUAUGAACACAUUUGCAGCAAUUAGAGUUGCCACACCUGUAUUGAUUAUAUCAUAUGAAACGUUUAGAAUAUAUUCUAACAUUUUACAUUCCUCAGAGGUGGGUUUGGUCUUGUGUGAUGAAGGACACAGACUGAAGAACAGUGAGAAUCAAACAUACCAAGCUUUAAUGGGACUAAAAGCUAAAAGAAGAAUAUUGAUAUCUGGUACACCAAUACAGAAUGAUUUGACGGAAUACUUUAGUCUUGUUCAUUUUGUAAACGAAGGCAUCCUCGGUACUGCGCACGAGUUUAAGAAAAGAUAUGAAAAUCCAAUUCUAAAAGGCCAAGAUGCAUUGGCUACACAACAGGAGAGAGAAAGAGCACAGGAAUGCCUACAAACUCUCACAUCAAUUGUGAAUAAGUGCAUGAUACGUAGAACUAGUAGUCUCCUCACUAAAUACUUGCCAGUCAAGUUUGAACAGGUCAUUUGUGUAAAAAUGACUCCACUUCAAACACAACUGUACAAAAACUUCAUCAACUCUGAUGCCAUAAGAAAUAAAUUUGCUGGAACCGGUGAAAAGAAUACUGUUAGUGCACUUUCUGCCAUUACAUCUCUGAAGAAACUAUGCAAUCACCCUGACUUGAUAUACGAUAAAAUUAUUGAAAGAUCAGAAGGCUUUGAAAAGGCAAGAGACUUGUUACCAAAUAAUUAUGACAUCAAGGAUGUGAGACCGGAAUACUCAGGGAAAUUAAUGAUACUUGACUGUAUAUUGGCCAAUUUAAAAACAAAUACAGAUGACAAGAUUGUGCUUGUAUCGAAUUAUACUCAAACUCUAGACUUAUUUGAGAAAUUGUGUCGUAAAAGAAGUUACCUAUAUGUUAGACUGGAUGGAUCUAUGACAAUCAAGAAGAGAGCUAAAGUUGUAGAAAGCUUUAACAAUAAGGAAUCCAAAGAAUGGAUAUUUAUGUUAAGUUCGAAAGCUGGAGGUUGUGGACUAAAUCUCAUUGGUGCUAAUCGGUUGAUCAUGUUCGACCCUGACUGGAAUCCUGCAAAUGAUGACCAAGCAAUGGCCAGGGUGUGGCGAGAUGGACAGAAGAAACCGUGCUACAUUUACAGACUGCUAGCUACGGGCACCAUAGAAGAGAAGAUAUUCCAAAGACAAGCACACAAAAAGGCUUUAAGUGACACUGUGGUAGAUCAGAAUGAAGAGUCUUUACGACAUUUUACAUCUGAUGAUCUAAAAGACUUGUUUAGAUUGGAAGAAAACACUUUAUCUGACACUCAUGGUAAAUUCAAAUGUAAAAGAUGUGUGAAUAAUAUUCAAGUUUCCCUACCUCCGGAAAACUCAGACUGUACGUCAGAUUUGUCAAAUUGGUACCACUGUGCUGAUAAGAAAAAUCUAGCAGAUUUAGUAUUAAAGCAAUGCUGGGAUCUAGCUAAAAGCAUAUCCUUUGUAUUCCAUCACAGAUCAGCUAAGACAGAAGCUCAACAGAAUAACCAAGAAGACAAGGAGAAUGUUCAACAAAGUAAACGAAGAAAAAUUGAAAUUGAUGAGGAUUACUCUGAGCCUGAUGACAGUGGUGAUGAAGAUUAUAAAUAACUUUUUCUCUUGUAAUUUACAAAUAGGAAGUUCCUAAUUAAAACCAAAACUGUUAUGAGAAAAAUAAUUGUAUAGUUCAGGCAAGAUUGUGUCAUCUCUUGCUAAUUCUUUAAAUCAUGUUGUAAAUAUUAUGUACUAUAGUUAAAACUUAUUUUACAUGAAAGUGAAUGUGAUUAACUGAGAAUGCUGAAAACUAAUUUUGUCCUUUACCUACUUUAAAUUAUGUUGUAUUUUAUAUUUCUCUAAGAAAAGGAAUUAAGUUUUGUUGUUUAUGUUAUCAUGAUAAGAAGAUUAAAGCAAAUACAUUUACGAAUUAUAUCAACAA